CGCGUCCCAAACCCCAUCGCGUAAUGUUCUCGUACUGUGAUCUAUCGUUAAAUUAAUAUGUUCUGACUAUUGGAUUGCAAUGGAUGGUGAAAAUAGGAUUAUCCUCAACGUUGGCGGUAUAAGAUACGAAACCUACAAAGCUACGCUCAAGAAGAUCCCCGCGACGCGGUUGUCGCGGCUGACGGAGGCGCUCGCCAACUACGACCCCGUCCUCAAUGAGUACUUCUUCGACAGGCACCCGGGGGUCUUCGCACAGGUCCUCAACUAUUACAGAACUGGCAAGCUACAUUACCCCACAAAUGUGUGUGGACCGUUGUUUGAGGAGGAGCUCGAGUUCUGGGGCCUGGACUCCAACCAGGUGGAACCCUGCUGCUGGUCGACAUACAGCAUACACAGAGACACACAGAAUACCCUGGCGAUCCUGGACAAACUGGACAUCGACAGUGAGAAGCCCUCAGAGGAGGAAAUUGCGAGGCUCUUCGGCUAUGAGGAGGCGUAUCACUCUGGUGAACUGGGGAUAUGGCAGAGGAUCAAGCCGAAGGUCUGGGCGCUGUUCGACGAGCCAUCUAGUUCACCGUCUGCAAAGGUGAUAUCAGCUGCAUCAGUGUUCUUCAUCUGCGUCUCCGUGCUCUGUUUCUGCCUGAAGACGCACCCCGACCUGCGGGUGCCAGAACCCUUCGACAUGGAGAACUUUACCCUCAACGGCACCUUCCUCUGGGAGGAGAACGACCAGCCCCAUGUCGCUUUCUUCUAUAUCGAGCUGGUCUGCAACGUGUGGUUCACGAUUGAACUGCUGGUUCGAUCUGUGGUGGCGCCAAACAUAAUCGAGUUUGUCAAAUCCCCAGUCAACAUAAUAGACUUCUUAUCGACAUUAAGUUUUUACAUGGACGUGGUAGUACAAUUGACAGUGGUCAGAAGAAAUAUAGACAAAGCGGAUAUUCUGGAGUUCAUAUCCAUUAUCAAGAUUCUGAGGCUGUUCAAGCUGACGAGACACAGUCCAGGGUUGAAGAUCCUGGUCCAUACUUUCAAGGCGUCGGCGAAGGAACUGACGCUUUUGGUGUUUUUUCUUGUGCUGGGCAUCGUCAUCUUUGCAAGCUUAGUGUAUUAUGCGGAGAAGUCACAGGAUAACCCAGACAAUCAAUUCAAGUCCAUUCCCCUCGGCCUCUGGUGGGCCAUCGUUACCAUGACAACCGUGGGCUAUGGAGACAUGGCGCCGAAGACGUAUCUGGGAAUGUUCGUGGGUGCUCUGUGCGCGUUGGCCGGUGUCCUUACCAUAGCACUGCCUGUUCCUGUUAUAGUGUCUAAUUUCUCCAUGUUCUAUUCACAUACACAGGCGCGGUCAAAACUUCCAAAGAAGCGACGCCGUGUGCUGCCAGUCGAACAACCGAGAAGAAAACGCGACGCUACCGCCUCCAACCGGCGAGUGAACGCAGUCAAACACCCUGUAGUACUGAAGGAUUUACAGGGCGCGAACAAGUUUGGUGUAAAUGGCAUGAACAUGAUAAGCCUGGCUCUUCAAGGACCAUCAAACUUACUUCGACCUCCUCACACACUCCAACCUCUACAAGCCCGAGCUCCUAUUGUCGAGAGCCCGAUAGUGAAUACGCAGUGUGCGGCUAUAUCACUGGCCUCGCUGCAACCACCUUUGAUGACAGCCCCACCCCUACAACCACGGCCUGCAACCACCGGCUCCCUAGAUCUGAUGUUACCUUUACAACCGAAACUAUUACCAGGCUACAACCUACAAUCAUCAUUUCUAUCCAGUACUCUAUCGACCGUCAGGCCACCGGACCUUCCCGAUAAGAGAAAAGAUGAAUACAAACCGAGUGUCGAUAUUAUUAUCGAGAAAAGCGAUUCAGAAAAUUCUAUAGAUGUAGAUAAUAAAACGUGUUGUGAUUUAGAUAGAAGAGUAGAAGAGAAUGAUAAUGAAUGUAAUAAUACUCAAUAUGAAAUUAAUUCUAAUAUUAUAGAUACUAAAGAUUCCAUAAGUACCACAAAUGAUAGUCCGAAUAAUAAUUCUAAUUAAUUUUCUUAUUAUAAAGUAAACAUUGUUACAGAUAUCAUUCUUAUAGAUAGAGUAGUUGAAGCUAAUGAUACUGGUAAAUGUAAAGAAGAAAAACACACAAAAGAAUGUUAAAUAGUAGUUAUUGUAAAGAUUGAAGAUGUAGAAACAAAAACACGACCUAACGAGAGAUAUAGACGUACUAUGUCUUGACCAAAGUAGCAUAGAAUAGAACGUGUAUAUUUCCUUAAUGUUUUUUUGUAAAUUUUGUAAAUGAAAGACGUUACAGUGAUACAUUAAAUGAGAUAUACCUCUAUAAUUUACAAUUAGAUAGUAAGUAUAUUCCAUUAAGAAAUCGAAUAAAAUUAAAGUCACGUUUUCAGUAAUACGUCAGU